UUCUGAUUUGGUGAGAGAGUGAAAUUUGAUUAGUUGGGAUUUAUAAGUGAGAGAAAUCAGCACCUUUGCCUUGUUUUCUGUUCGAAGGUCCUCUUCUCCACUCUAACUUCUUCUUUCUGUUAUUCUUUCUGUUCUUCUUAGAAAACAGAACAAAAUGGAAAACGGGAGAAACGGCGUCGUUCCAGCGAACGCUCUUCUUCUUCCUCCUCCGGCCAACAAAUACCGGCAACGCGUUGAGUUGGUGAAUUUGGGUGUAAUGGAAAGGAAAAAGCAUCUCACCACGCGCACAGGCAAAUCCAGAAUAGUCGGACUCCUCAUUGCGAGUGUUCUUCGACGCCGCAUCCUCCACCGCACUCUCAUCUCCGCCAUCUCCGCUUCCCUUCUUCUCAUCUUCGCCCUGUUCUCUCUCUUCAUUCCCUCCCCGACUCCGCCUCACACUCACAAUAAUGCCCGAGUUAGAUCACUCUUGGAGACACAUCAGGAUUCCGUGUUUGGUGUUCCGACGAAUGGAGGAAGUUGCAAAAAUGAUUUAUGGAGUUCGAGGCGGUCACGCCUUUUCUCUGGUUGCAGUAUCGCUGGUGACAAUUUCGCAAAGGCUAAUGUCAAAACUCAUCCAGAUCGAUAUUUGUUAAUUGCCACCAGUGGAGGUUUAAAUCAACAGAGAACAGGGAUAAUCGAUGCUGUCGUGGCUGCAUAUCUUUUGAAUGCUACACUUGUCGUUCCAGAGUUGGAUCAUGCUUCUUUCUGGAAAGACACCAGCAACUUUUCUGAACUGUUUGAUACAGACUGGUUUAUAACAUUUCUGCUGAAUGACGUGAGCGUUGUAAAACACCUUCCGAGUUCGGAAGGGAAAUUCGAGGCUCCAUAUACGAUGCGUGUUCCAAGGAAAUGCAGCCCCAAGUGCUACGAGGAUCGGGUUUUACCCAUGCUGGUCAAGAAGCGAGCUGUUCGGCUAACUAAGUUUGACUAUAGACUUGCUAAUAGGUUGGAUGAAGAUCUACAAAAGCUUAGGUGCAGGGUUAAUUAUCAUGCUCUCAAAUUUACGGAUUCCAUUCAGGGGAUGGGUCAUUUGUUGUUUGAGCGGAUGAAAAUGAAAAGCAAGCAUUUCAUUGCUCUACAUUUGAGGUUUGAACCAGAUAUGCUUGCAUUCUCUGGUUGCUAUUAUGGCGGGGGAGAAAAAGAAAAAAAAGAACUUGGUGAAAUUAGGAAACGGUGGAAAAAUUUACACGCAAACAAUCCUGACAAAGUUCGACGACACGGAAGAUGUCCACUCACCCCAGAGGAAGUUGGUCUUAUGCUAAGAGCACUUGGUUUUGGAAGUGACAUUCACUUGUACGUGGCAUCUGGCGAAAUAUAUGGAGGUGAUAAAACGUUAGCUCCCCUCAAGGCUCUUUUUCCGAACUUCCAUUCAAAGAAGACCAUAGCUACCAAAGAGGAGUUGGCACAAUUUGUGUCAUUUUCUUCUCGCAUGGCUGCACUAGACUUCAUAGUUUGUGACGACAGUGACGUUUUUGUUUCAAACAACAACGGUAACAUGGCCAAAAUUUUAGCUGGAAGAAGGAGAUACUUUUGUCAUAAACCCACCAUCCGCCCAAAUACAAAGAAGUUGAACAAAUUAUUCAUGAAGAAAAAUAAUAUGACCUGGGAGGAAUUUGCCUCUCGAGUUCGAACUUUCCAGAUAGGCUUUAUGGGAGAACCAAAUGAGUUGAGACCUGGCAGUGGUGAGUUUCAUGAGAAUCCAUCAUCUUGCAUAUGUCAAAACUCAUCGUCUGAGUCACUUGAUAACUACGAAAGCAGUACAAGAAAAAACUGGGCCGAAGAGCAGUUUUCAGAGGAAGAGCUGGAUUGGUCCGGGGGACAUUGUUUGCAUUGUAAGAAACAGAAUAGGGUGAAAGGAAUUAAACUUGAUUCAAUUCCUCUUUUAGUGAGCACGGGCCAAGCUGAAUUGCAAGAAUUCUUCUCUGAUUAGUCAAAGAUUAAAUUCCAUCUCUAACUCUGUUUUGCAGCAACUUGUCCCUGAUUUUCCAGUGACUGUGGUAUGCUUCCACACAUAACUUGAGACAUUUUUGCAUGGAAGGUAUUGGAAAAUUAAUGUUUAGUACAUAUUCGGGUUUUAUACGAGCCGCUUCAAAAAUGUAAACUGUAGCUAUAGUAUAGACUAUUUUAGAGUUUGAAGCUUCUAACUGAAACUCACGAAGGAGUUGAUAAGGCAAUCUUUUGUUUUGUUGUA